GGGCCCUGGGGGGGAGGGGGGUUAUAAAGCCCCCGGUGGGCCUUCUCCCCUCCGUCAGAGAGGCUAAAACGUCCCUAGGACAGUCCGUCUAUUCCUGUCUCUACUCUAGAAACACCCCUCUAGCAUCAAUGCACAUCUCCUCUUGACAACUAUUCUGAGACACACACACACAUUCCCACACACACAUACCUAUGUUGCUACGGCAGGUGGCCAGUGGAGGCGAGCACAGCUGAGUUGAUGUUUGACUGCCUUCGCGCCAACUUGAGAUCGUCUGUAGCUUAGAGCUAGAUCUGUCUGGUGGAUUCCUCUGUCAACUUUUUUAACUGUUUGUCUUCCAACUGAUUGGCUAAGUAAGACAGCGUUUGGGUCAGCCCAGCAAACUGACCUCCAAAGGGAUUAAAACAUUUUUUUUAAGUGCAAACGAGCAGCAAGACUUUUAAAACGUACACGCUUACCUUUUCUAGAUUCACCUUGACAACUUUUAUUUUGUGAGAAAAACAUUUUCUGUUACAAGGAGCGUCCAGUGAACAGUCAGCAUGUGGGAGUUCCGGUCCAUGACGUUUUGGCGGGCAGUCUUCGCAGAGUUCUUCGGAACCAUGUUCUUUGUGUUUUUCGGCAUGGGUGCCGCGCUGCGCUGGACAACCGGACCCAACCACAUACUGCAUGUGGCGCUGUGCUUCGGCUUGGCAGCUGCCACCAUGAUCCAGUCCAUUGGUCACAUUAGUGGCGGCCACAUUAACCCGGCUGUCACCUUUGCCUACCUGGUGGGUUCCCAGAUGUCGUUGUUCCGCGCCUUUUUCUACUGGGCUGCCCAGAUCCUGGGGGCCGUGGCCGGGGCCGCUGUGCUCUAUGGGGUCACCCCCAACAACAUGAGGGGCAACAUGGCUCUCAACACGCUGCAGCCUGGUAUCAGCCUGGGCAUGGGUACCACAGUGGAGGUGUUCCUGACCAUGCAGCUAGUGAUAUGUAUCUUUGCCGUGACAGAUGAGAGGAGGAACGGACGCAUGGGCUCUGCUGCCCUGUCCAUCGGCUUCGCUGUCACCAUCGGACACCUCAUGGGGAUGUACUACACCGGUGCUGGAAUGAACCCUGCAAGGUCUUUCGCCCCCGCUGUGCUCUUCAGGAACUUUGUAAACCACUGGGUGUACUGGGUGGGUCCCAUGAUAGGAGGUGCUAUGGGAGCUCUUCUGUACGAUUUCAUGCUGUUCCCCCGUAUGCGUGGUCUGUCUGAGCGCCUGGCCACACUGAAGGGCAGCCGACCCCCCGAGACGGAGACCCAGCAGGACAACCGUGGGGAGCCCAUCGAGCUCAAGACACAAGCCCUAUAAACCUGCCCAUGUCUGGGGACAAGGGAGAGGCCCUGUGUCCGCCAACCCCCACGCUGGCCCCAUCCCAUGAGCACAUACACAGUCCCUCUCAUUGACUCACUAACUAACACACAGGCACAUGCAGAUUCAGACAUAUAUUGAUGCACAAACUGUACACACACCCAGACACAGACAGGUUCACAACAUUCAACCUCAAUAUGCAACGAGACUCCUCUGCUUCCAACCUCACUUUGUAUCCUGAACUGGACAUUGUGUUUGAUAGAGGUGACCAGUGCCUGCUCCAACAGUCCCACUACCUCCCCUCUCCUCCUCCUCAGCCACACCAAGUCCCUCACACACAGACUGAAGGAUCAGACCUGUCAGCACAGAAGCAUGUGAACCCUGUGUCUAGCAGGAAAACUAGGGGAGGGGUAUGCAGGUAGGGGGUGAGGGUGAGGUAUAGGUGGGUAUGUAAGUAUAGAGUUAUAGUUGUAUAACUCUAUACUAGUUGUAUAGGUUUGAGUCAGGCCUGAGCAACUCGAGUCCUCAGGGGCUUGAUUGGUGUCACACUUUUUCCCCAGCCCCAGCUAACACACCUGACUCCAAUAAUGAAGAUCUUCAGUUUAGAAUGCAAUUAGUUUAAAUCAGCUGUGUUUGCAAGGGAUGGGGAAAAGGGUGACACCACUCCGGCCCCAUGUACUAGAAUUGCCCAGGACUGAAACCAAUGAAGAUGGGCAUGCUUUUUCAUUAUUUAUCAGAUUUUAUCUCUACAUUUUUUCAGUUUAAUUUUGUUUUCUGCACUUCAGACACAAAACGUGGAUGUAUGAAACCAUUUGAUUUGAGCAGGGUUUCAUUUUUAAAAUCACUUAAUUUUAUCUGUGUGUGUGUGUGUGUGUAUGUGUGUGUGUGUGUGUGUUUGAUCGAGUUCGCAGAUUUAUUUAGUUUAUUUUCAUUACGCUCCUGUUUGUAUCAUGAUUAUGUUUCAUAGCAUUAUCAAUUUUUAAGACAUUAUCAUUUUUCCUCCCUUCACUGUGGUAUUUGCUAUGAUAUUCAUUUUUACACAAACCAUCUGCUUUUGUGUUCAGAAAAAAACACAAUUCAAAGGAAAGGUAUCCCAGACUGGACUGAUUCUGUUCACUGCAAAAAGGCUGUGUAAGCUUUUCAUUGAGUCUCCUUUUAUGAUUUGAUCCUUAAUGGGAGCACAACGCUGUUUAAACCAUAUUUAAAUUAAAAAUAAAUACAAAAACUUGAUACAAAA